AUGGGCGGUACCACCAGCAAGGAAGCCGAACUUCUAGCGGCUCUCUCCAAGCAAGACACACGUAGACUCCGCGCGUGUUUCUCUUCCUCACAAUAUUCUCCGCUCCACCUCCUCAUCCCCAUUUCUCAAUCUUUCCUCGACCGGGUCAACGAACCUAGUCAGACAUCCGACGACCACUCUGCCCCACCUCCAUAUUCGGAAUGGCUCGCACUGAGUCCGUCACACGUCGCUGCGGAACAAGCCGACACCCGAAUACUUGCUGAGAUAAUCUCUCUUGUAUGUGGCGCCCCACCAGCUGGCGCGCAACUGGCUGAAACAGACCGCAUCCCCAUGGAGAUUAUCGACCCGCCAGAUGGAAACAGAUGGAAAGUUCGGGACCGCAUAGGCCUCACGCCUCUCUCUCGUGCAGUGCGUGCAAACAACAGCCAAGCAGUCACCCUCCUUCUCGACGCUGGCGCGAAUGUCGACGAAGUGCACAGCACCGCCGAGUCUGACAAGCACGACCCGACGCUUUGGUCGCACGCUCGAUACUGCGCUGGCAGGGGUAACCCACACAUCUUGCAAAUCUUACUCGAGCGCGGUGCCGACUUUGUAUCGUGGGGCAAGGACGGACGACGACCGGUGCAUCAUGCGGUGCAGGCAGGCCAUCUUGAGUGCGUUAAAAUCCUCAUCGCGCAAGACAAUGCCAAAAUCGACGAGGAAAAUGGUUUAGAAUGUGAAGGUCCAUCAUCUACCGAGAAACGGGUUAGAGCCAUUUCGAAAUACACUGUUCGGGAAUGUUCCAUAACUUAUCCAACGGAACCCGUUGUAGAGGCUUCCUCGUCGGCCAGCAGUACAUCUGCUGCCGAACCUUCAAAUGAUGAAGAUGCAGUUUCAGCGGACCUACCCGAGCAUCACAGAAAUAUCCUUGGGGCCUUGCAGCUGGCAAUACAAGACGCCGUGAGAGGUGUAUCUAUUGGUGCGACUCAAACAACAAGUAAUUUCCGAAGUAACCGCGACCGCGGGGCAUCGCUUUUACAUCUUGCAUGCUCGCACUCCCGCCCUGACAUUCUAUCAUACUUACUCUCAUUCCCUGAGUUUCAUAAUGCUUUGGAAGACAUGAACGACAGUGGCAAGACCCCCAUUUUUAUGGCCGUUCGACAUGGUUCGAAGCACUGCUUGCAGCUGCUUAUUAAAGCAGGUGCCAACGUGGCAUCAAAAGACAUUGAGAAUUGGACCGUGCUUCACGAGGCUGUAAAGGCAGGGGAUGGUAGUAUCUCAACUCUGCAGUUUCUUGUCGACCAGUGUAUGCUGGACUCCAACGCUGUUGAUGAUGAUGGAUGGACUGCUCUUCACGUUUGCGCCAGGUUCAGUUCUCCGAAAGCUGUAGAUGUGCUCGUCAAAGCGGGAUGUGACAUCAACGCAAAGACAGAAGACAACGAAACCGCAGUGUUGCUUGCCUGCGCCCAGCCAUCAAGCACGGAGGUUCUCUGCAGGCUUCUCGCAAACGGCGCAGAUUUGACAAUCCAUCUCGACACCCCUCUGACGCCGUGUCUUCUUGUGCUCGGACGAAGAGACUUCAUCCAAUUGACUAUUCUUCUCAACCAUAUCAAAACUCUUGAGCACGCAACACGAUUACAAAUUUUUCGCCUGGAAUCACAGAGGACAGGGGAUACCCUGUUGCAUGCAUGCGUUCGGGAGGGUAAUUUUGAAUCGAUUGAGAGGCUCGUAGACCUCGGAGCCCCGCCGAAUGAGAAGAAUCAAGAGGGCCUCGCACCAAUCCACAUAGUCUGUAAAAACGGAAACGACGAGAUCGCAAGAGCGCUGCUAAAGGGCAAGACAGACCUCAAUCUGAUUCGCGCGGAUGGGAUGACGCCCCUGCACAUUGCCGCCGAUGCCGGUCAUCCUGAAGUUGUCCGACUAUUAUUAGAGCACGAUUGCGAUCCGAAUCAAACUCUGUCCAAUUCAGGACGGUAUCACGGCUUUUCUUCUUUGAUGUUUGCGGCCCGACUUGGAAACGCAGCGAUCGUUUCUUUGUUAUUACAAGCAGGGGCGGAUCCUAACCUUCAAAAGGGAGAUGGUUUUACAGCCCUUCACCUUGCCGCGUUGAACGGAAAUGCGCAGGUCUGCAAGAGUCUUCUUGCUGGUGGAUCUGACUACAUGCUCGAAGACCACACGGGCUACCUGCCUCUACAACUAGCUACACGUCAUGGCCAGUAUGAAGUGGUCAAUGGUUUUAUAGCAGCCAAUGUAGCGCCAGAUUGUUGCGGAAAGCUGGGAUUAACAGCUUUGCACAUCGCAUCGUUCAUGUGUGACGCAAGAAUAAUCUGGCUACUAUUGAGAGCAGGUGCCAGCACUAAUAUGAUGAAUAGCGAAAACGCAACCCCGCUUCAUAUUGCGGCUGGCAGGGAACAAGGUCGUGUUAGCAUGCAAUUACUAAUAACAAAUGGAGCCAAGCUUGAUCUUGUCGAUAAUGAGCAAGAAACCCCGCUCCAUAAAGCUUGCUACAAAGGCAUCUACCAAAACGUCAGACUGUUACUUCGGCGUGGGGCUGCCCCAUCUCAAGUGAAUAAGAAAAACGUCACACCGCUUCAUCUUGCGGCGGCGAAUGGAAAUGAGGAAACCGUUAAGGCUCUUUUGAGGUAUGGUGCCGAUGUACAUGCGCAAGACGAAGAUAACAGAACACCAUAUGCGGUAGCCUCGGAAAACAACCAUCGGAAGGUCAUGAUUCUUAUGUUUAGAGCGAUUGCAGUAGCUCUCGAAGAUAUUGCACCAAGAGUGAUCUAUCACCCAGAUCCAUCCCCUUCAAGUUCGAUGCGAAUAUUUUGCGUCAUUUGCCAAAACUCUUUGCUGGGAGGCGAAGAGACACGGAGGUUGCCCUGCUCUCAUCUGUACCAUGACCACUGCAUUCUCACAUGGCUGGGGGGUGAGGACCUUUCCCGUCACGAGUCAUGCCCAUUAUGUCUCAGGUCGGUCUUGCCAGAGGUUAUUCCAACACGAGCAUCGUCACAACCGACAUAG